AUGACUGCUGCUGACGCUGUCUUCAAUCAAAUCGAUCUUAACCAAGAUGGACGUGUAGAUCUUGGUGAAUACCGUAACUUCGUUGGUCAAAACCUUGGUGUUGGUUGGAAUGGCGGUUGGAAUGGUGGUUGGAAUGGUGGUUGGAAUGGUGGUUGGGGUGCUGGUUGGAAUGGUGGUUGGGGUACUGGUGCUGCUCUUGGUGGUGUUUAUGAUUCCUCAGUUGUUCUUGGUGGUGGUGUUGUUGACGCUGGUCUUGCUGGUGGUGUUGUUGACGCUGGUCUUGCUGGUGGUUACCAAACAGUCGUAGGCGGUGCUGGAUAUGUUGGUGAUGCUAAUGUUGUUCUUGGUGGAUCAGUUUAUGAUUCAGCAGCAUUAGCAGCUUCUCAAGUUCAAUAUGCUGCUAAUGCGCAAGGUGUCUACCAAGAUCCAAAUCCACAAAUUAUUCGUCGUCCAAAUCCAAAUGGUGUACAAACAUACACACAAAAUGUUCGAGUUCAAUUCCUUCAACCACCACCUGUUCCACCACCAGGCCCACUCAUCAUCAAAGAAGUUCGUCCACCUCAACCACCUCUUCCACCACCACUUCGUCUUCGUCAAGUAGCUCCACCUCUUCCUCCACCACCUCCACUUGUUCUCCGUGAACGACCACCAAUACCACCACCAGUCAUUCCAUCUCAAACAGUCAUUCGUCGUUUGGCUGGUUUACCAGUUCCACCACGAUCGGUCAUCGUUGAACGUGUUCCACCUCCUCCACCACGACCACGUGACGUCCUCCUUGAACGUUGGAUUCCAUAUGGACCUCAACCAAGACGCCGUACCCUUCUUCAACGUGCUCCUCUUCCAUUACCAUACCCAGCUCCACGCAAUGUUAUCAUUCAAUACGAACAAGCUCCAGCUCGCGUUGUUCGUAACUUCCAACGCCUUGGUGUUAGUGCAGCUAGUCCAGCUGCUUACGUUCAAACAUAUGGUGCUAGCCUUCUUGAUGGUUCUUCACUCGUUGCAACAGCUCGUUCUGCUGGUGUUGUUGAAGAUAUUUCAGCACCUGGUUAUGUCGGCUAUGGUCUUGGUGCCUAUGGUCAAGAAUGGAGUGCCGCAUCCGGUUUAGUAGGUGGUACUGGUCUUUAUACUGGAGGUGUUGAUGUUGUUGAUGGUGGUCUUGCUCUUGCUGGUUGGAACGGCAAUCUUGCCGGUUGGAACGGCAAUCUUGCCGGUUGGAACGGCAAUCUUGCUGGUUGGAACGGCAAUCUUGCUGGUUGGAACGGCGGUCUUGUUGGUUGGAAUGACGGCCUUGCUGGUUGGAACGGCAAUCUUGCUGGUUGGAACGGCAAUCUUGCUGGUUGGAAUGGCAAUCUUGCUGGUUGGAAUGGUGGAUUAUUGGGAUCAGCUGCUGUUGUUAAUGGAGCUGAUGCUGCUUUCCUUAAUGCUGAUACCGAUUAUAACGGCAGCCUUGACCGAAAUGAAUUUCGCAAUCUUCUCGCUCAAAAUCUUUAA